UUGGAACGUAAACAUACUGUUUUUAUUCUAUAUUAACACUUUUGGCAUACACGUCUCAAAAAAGGAUUACUAAAAUAAACUUUUUAAAGACUAAAAUAGCUGCAAAGUUUUUAUUUACAGUCGCAAAUUGGUGAAAAUAAACGUAAACAAAUCUGAAACAGUGCCUGCCCUUCCUGAGAAUGCAGUUUUACAACACGCCUCCCGAGUGCAUUAGGUGCAUUUUUUAACGUCAAAUUUUUAGUGUCAAGUCAUGUCAAGUCGAGGACAUUGUAUGGUAUUCCCAGUUGGAAAAAUGGAUACAUUGGCCGCAAACAUGAAAAUGAAGUAUCCAACUGUUGGUUCCCCCAUUCUCAAAUCUAUAGACCCAAACAUCAAUAACAGAACCCUCCCCAGCAGAAACAACGCCUCAGGGGAUACUUCCGUUUGUGGCACAACUGAAGGACUCAUUUCUCUCAAUUUGUCUGACGAUGAAUACGAAGGAUCAAAAAGUGUUUUUCUGCUGGACGAUUCUGAACAAUUGCUAAUGAAAUCUGAGGGGAGCUUUCUGAAAGCUCUAAACAUAAAACCCAGUGAGAAAGUUAAAGUAGUUUCUAUCUUCGGAAACACAGGUGAGGGAAAAUCCUAUACUUUGAACAAAGUGUUUUUCAAUGGAGAAGAAGUAUUCCGUACGUCGCCUUCUCAGACAUCUUGCACCUUGGGGGUCUGGGCAAUGUAUAAUCCAGAGCUGAAAGUCAUUUGCUUGGAUACAGAAGGCUUAUUAGGUAUUUCAAAAAGAGAAAACCAACGCACCCGCAUGCUGCUCAAGGUCCUCGCAGUGUCAGACAUUAUCAUCUAUAGGACACGGGCGGAGCGCCUCCAACGGGACAUGUACACCUUCCUGGGGUCAGCUUCGAAAGCAUACAAAGACCAUUUCAGUUCGGCUCUGAAGAGCGCUUUGGCUAAGAAUGAUGCAGAAAAGUUUUCGUCUGCCAUCGGUCCGGGGGUGGUGAUUUUCCACGAGACGCGUUACACGGACACUCUCCACGACAGUGCUAACGUGAAACAGUCCGCCGAAGACAUUUUACAGACAACGUUCGCGGAACUCGGUUUACCUUUCGAUGCGUUCAGUUUCCUCAAGUACGUCGGCGUGAAGACGACUCAGUCCGAAACGUCGUUCAAGGAGUUGAAAAAUGUCCUGGUUGACAAGUUGGAGAGCACGGAGGUGAGGACGAAGAGGGACGCCAAGUAUAUUUUUUUGACGCUGCAGAGUUUGAAUGAAAAAUUCAAGAACAAUAUCAGCGGUCCCUCUCCCCAACUGUACUUACCAGCAUUUUUUACGUGCUCCGAAAAAUGUCAGUCUUGUAAAAGUACUUGUAGUCUCUCUAUGGGCCACAAAGAGGAAGGAGAACCGCAUAGGAGCGACCAGGAUUGUACCUAUCAGCACCAGUACCAGAAUCACGUGUAUUUAUGUAGAGCCUGUUACAAUAACGGUCAGAGAAUUUCUGUCAAGCCGAAUUAUCAGACGAUGAAUGACAACUCUUGGAGCGGUUAUUUUACUUAUGUUUGGUCUGGUUACGUCAUUGAGUGUCCGAAAUGUGGAGAGAUUUAUAGAAGCCGACAACAUUGGUAUGGAAAUAAAAAUCCUGAAGAGAGUGCAGUUCGAACGGAAAUAGUACAUCUCUGGCCAGGGGACUACUCUUAUUAUCAGGAGCGCUCCUUGCUCGGAUCCCAGAAUUCAGCGCAGAAAGUGUUGGACAGCGUAACAAUGUUCACAGACGCCAUUUCUAGCGUAGGAUCUCAACCCAAACAGCUGAUUAGCGAUUGGGCAGCCGACAAAAUCGCCCCUAGCUAUUGGAGACCUAAUCAUGAAAUCAAGGAAUGUUCCAAGUGCGGUUCAAAGUUCCAGCCGACCGACAAAAAGCACCACUGUCGUGCUUGCGGCGAAGGUUUCUGCGAGAACUGUUCCUCGAAACGCCAACCGGUCCCUUCGAGAGGUUGGUAUGAAGACGUCAGAGUGUGCGACUUCUGUUACAUGGAUCAACCACCGAGCAUAUCGACCGCCGUCGACGGAACCGAAAACAGAGCCAGGCAGCUUGGAGAAACAGUCAUCAACUCGAUUUCCGUAGUGAAAUCAACAGUAUUUGACAUCCCGAAGGACUUCAUCAAAGAAUCCGCCAGGCCGUCUUACUGGGUGCCGGACGCUGACUGUAUCGAAUGCGCGGUGUGUUUCGAGUCGUUCGGGUUUCUGCAACCUCUCCACCACUGCAGGGACUGCGGAAAGGGAGUCUGCGACGAGUGCUCGAAAUCCAGGAAACCGGUCCCGCUCAGGGGUUGGGAGAAACCCGUGAGGGUGUGUAACAAUUGUCGAUGAUUUCCGGGGGUUUUCCAGUUGAGCAUGAGCGAGAGGAGGUAGAAAUGGGGGUUGUUAUAUAUAUAGGCGAAGUAGAAGCAUCACGGGUGGGGUCUUAAAGUUUUGUAACUGUAUUUUUAGGUCGAAGAGAUUGAACGAGAUGAAAGUGAACAAGAAUUUCUUUAAAGUUUUAUUUGCUUGAAGUAAGUUAUACGAAGACAGGGUUGGGAUUGCAUUUACAUUGAUCAAUAAAAUUCCAUUGCUAGGGG